UUUUCUCAAUGAGAAUAGUUGAUGAGACGCAUUCUUCAAGUCAUAAAAAUGCUUUUGAUUUGUAUUUUGGCGUUGCCUGCUUUUACAGUGGCUCUUCCUGUUAGAAGCACCGCAGGAGACUCUACAUGUGGAUACAGUGCAUGCCAUGCUACCAAACCAGGAUACAUUAAUGUUCAUAUAAUACCUCACUCCCAUGAUGAUGUGGGAUGGCUAAAAACAGUUGAUCAGUACUAUUAUGGACUCAAGCAGGAUGUGCAAGUGGCUAAAGUGAAGGACAUAAUUGACACAGCACUGGAUGAACUCAAGAAGAAUUCUGACAGGAGAUUCAUUUAUGUUGAAACAGCUUUUCUUUGGAAGUGGUGGCUACAAAAUGAUGAAGACAGGCGACAGUUAAUGACAGACCUUAUUAACUCAGGACAGCUGGAAAUCAUUGGAGGUGCCUGGAGUAUGAAUGAUGAAGCAGCCAGUAAUUACCAGUCUAUAAUUGAUCAGUUUACAUUUGCCCUCAGGAAGCUGAAUGAUACAUUUGGGGCAUGUGGCCGGCCCCAUGUAGGAUGGCAGAUUGACCCAUUUGGACAUUCCAGAGAGAUGGCAUCCAUUUUUGCUCAGCUUGGGUAUGAUGGUGUCUUCUUUGCAAGAUCAGACUAUCAAGACCGUCAGAGGCGAUACCAGACAAGGAACUCAGAGAUGAUAUGGCAAGGCAGUGCUAAUCUUGGAACAUCAUCCAGACUAUUUGCAGCAACUUUUAACAACUCCUAUUACCCACCAAGUGGAUUUUGUUUUGACAGCAACUGUGCUCAACUGCCGAUCAUUGAUGAUCCACAAAAUCCUUUGUACAAUGUGGACACUAAAGUAUCAGAAUUCAUCGCAUAUAUACAGGAACAAGCAUUUUAUAUGAAGACUGAUCAUGUCCUUGUCACAAUGGGAGGAGAUUUCCAUUAUCAGGAAGCUGCAUCUUGGUUUGUCAGUCUGGACAAGUUAAUAAAGUAUGUGAAUGAACAGCAGGCACAAGGAAGUACAUUACAUGUAUUAUACUCAACACCAUCAUGCUACCUAAAGGCUGUGAACGAUGCAAAUGAAGUAUGGGAACUGAAAGAAGAUGAUUUCUUUCCUUAUGCCAGUGAUUCCCAUGAGUAUUGGACAGGCUAUUUCACAUCAAGGCCAACUAGCAAGUAUUUUGAGAGAAAAGGAAAUAAUUUUCUUCAGAUAUGCAAACAGCUGUAUGCUUUAGCAGAUGUUGAAGACACAUACAGUGAGGACUUACAGAAAUUACAAGAAAUAAUGGGAGUUUAUCAGCAUCAUGAUGCCAUUACAGGGACAGAAAAACAGAAUGUGUGUGAUGAUUACAAUCUCAUGCUUUAUGAUGGAUUUCAGCAUUGUGGAAAAAUUAUUGACAGGGCUUUAAAUAAGAUAUCUGCAAGAGGUGACUCCACACUUUCAUUCUCAUCAUGCCUCCUCAGCAACAUAAGUCAGUGUGAUAUAUCUGAGACUUCAUUGAAUUUUGUAGUGACAGUAUAUAAUCCUUUAAGCCAAGCAACAUCCUACUAUGUCCGUAUUCCUGUGCAAGAUGGUACAUAUUCUGUGAAAGAUGGAAAUGGUAAUGAGCAGAUAAUACAGUUGGUGCCAAUACCAGAUGCUAUUUACAAAGUUCCUGGAAGAGACAGUAAUGCAACACAAGAAAUUGUCUUUCAAGCCACUGAUGUUCCAGCACUGGGGUAUCGCUCAUACUAUGUGUCUAGUACAAGACAAGAAAGAAGUUAUUUAAACACUGUGUCAGAAAAUGCAACAUCCAUUGGAAAUAAUUACUUGCAGGUAAUUUUACAUGAAACUCAAGGGACUGUAAAGUCUGUAAUAAUCAAUGGAACAGAGUUGCCACUUAGCCAGAAUUUUUACUACUAUGAAGGAUGGGCAGGAACUAAUGCUGGAACUGAUGACAGAUCAUCUGGUGCUUACAUUUUCCGACCAAUAGGAUCCGAAGCAACCGUGGUGUCUGGAAUUGCAACAGUCAAAAUAUACAAAGGUGAUCUUGUGGAAGAAGUGCAUCAAACCCUUAGUGACUGGAUCAGCCAAGUUAUCAGGGUAUAUAAAACUGAAAAACACAUUGAAUUUGAAUGGCUGGUUGGACCUGUUCCCACUGAGGAUAUGAAAGGAAAAGAAAUAAUUUCCCGUUUUAAUACAAACCUGGUCAAUAAUGAAACAUUUUACACUGACUCGAAUGGGCGAGAAAUGAUAAAGAGGCGAGUUAAUUACCGAUCAACAUGGGAUUAUGUUGUAGAAGAACCUGUCUCAGGAAAUUAUUAUCCUAUAACAUCCAAAAUAGUAAUAAAGGAUGAGAACAAGGGCCUAGAAAUGGCAAUUCUGAAUGACAGAGCACAGGGCGGUUCCAGCCUUCGAAAUGGUGAAAUCGAACUAAUGGUCCAUCGUAGGCUACUCCGUGAUGAUGGUAUGGGAGUUGCAGAAGCAUUACAAGAAGAAGCAUUUGGCAAGGGUUUAGUUGCCAGAGGUAAGCACUGGCUGUUAGUGGGCAACAUAACAAGGAGUGAUGGUUGUAGUCUGGCAUGUCAAGAACGUAAAGUGGCUGAGAAGAAACUCCUGUCUCCUUGGGUUCUGCUUAGUAAUGCUGACAAUACACCAUUCACAGAAUGGACAAAUUCUCAUGAAACUCAGUUCUCAGGUCUGAGACAAGAACUUCCCCAAAAUGUGAAGAUAUUAACAUUGGAACCGUGGAAAGACACCUCACUGCUACUACGCUUGGAGCAUAUGCUGGAAAAAGAAGAAGACACAAAUUUAUCUCAGCCUGCAACAAUAAACCUGGAGGCUCUAUUUGCACCAUUCAGUAUCUCAUCUAUUAGAGAGACAACGCUGGGUGGAAACCAGUGGCUGGAGGACAACACACGGUUGAUAUGGAUCGACGAAGAGGGAACUGCAUCAACCACUAGACAGUCCAAGGGAGACAUACCUAACGUAACACUGGAGCCCAUGGAAAUACGCACAUUUGUAAUAGAAAUUGAUCGUCAAAAGGCAUCCCAUACACAGCUCUGAGGAAAUUUCUCCAGAAAACCUAAAAAUAAAAUGUAUUGUUAAUUAAAGUGAUCAAUACUGAAUAUUUUUCCUCAUUUAUUCUGUGCUACAUCAAAUGUCAUCUGGAAGUAGAAAAAUGAACAAAAUAAGAAUAUUAUAUAUUGCCUGUAACAAAACUUCAAAAACAUUCUAUAGAGAAGGAACUGACAGGAGCCAAUGGUACGAAGUUCAACUAUAGCAGUUAAUAACAGAAGUUUUAUAAGAGAUGUGUAGGUAUCAUUUUUAAAUAUAUCCACUACAACAUUGCAGUUGAAGAUCUCUACAUAGAUACUGAGUACUUAGAUAAUUUGGAUUUGACAUACACCAUAAAAGAAACAUUUAUCCACGUUUAGAU